AGUUUAUUUGCUGCCCCCAUUUGAUGUACAGUUAGUUGAAGUUUUCCAAAUUGUUUAUUGCUGGCCCAUUGGUUCAACAUUCCAGUUUUGAAAACCCGUUUGGCCUCUUACCGUUACAGAAUAUUUUACAAAAUUAUUCAUAUCCAGUGCCCUAGUUUCAAGUAAUAAGAGAUGGGUGUAGCCACUAUAUUGUUUGAUAUCAAGGUCUAGAAUCAUCUGGUAGCUGUCAUUUUUCAGAUAGUCUUGAAGAAUAUUGAUUCUCCAGGAUUCAUUUCAAAUUGGAUCCAUUCUAGCUUGUUGUCUUGUCUGAAUUUAGGGUAGCAAAUUAAUUGAGUCCUAUUGAUAGAUGAUAUAGAUCCCAAAUUGAUACAAAUGGCAUCCUUCAGGGCAUUCUUUAUUUCACUUAAACCGCUGGAAGAAAUAAUCUAGAAGCUUGGAAAAAAAUGCCUGAAAUGACUGAAAUUGUGGGAUACAUGUAAGGUAAACAAAUUGAAACUUACCUUGGACAAGACCCAAAUGUUAUUGAUGAGGCAUUCUCAGUGUGAAUGGAGAAGAGGAUAUGAUAGAUGUGGUCCUUAUCAUGGAGACAAAAUGUUACCAGGAAUAUUUUAAACAAAAACAAUGUAUGGAUGGUUCCUCAACUGCAGGUGUGAAUUAAAUACAAUAUUUGAACCUUUGACUGUUUAGGUUUAUAUCUAUUUUUGUUUUUAUGUUUUAACAAACAUCAUAAGACUUCUGAAUUAUUCUGAUGCGACUAUCAAUAAUUCAUUUGUCUCUGACUUCAUUGCUCUUUUCCCUGUCAACCCCUGAUAAUUCCACAUUCGUGCACUAAGUUAAAAUUCAGUUGGUGUCUUGGUCUAUAUUUGGAGUGGUCUCAACAAUUCAUCUCAACCAUCACAGUUUGGCAUGGAUUAACAUCUACAAAACGCAUACAGGCUAACUGAAAAGAAAAAUGUCUACUGCUUGAACAGGAUAACAACCCUGCCUAUUUCACAAAGAAGAAGAAAAUCUGCCGUUACUAACAGUGUGAGAAUCAUGUCUGUUCGAGAGUCCUUUAAUCCAGAAAGUUACGAACUUGACAAAAGUUUUCGGUUAACCCGAUUCACGGAACUUAAAGGCACUGGCUGUAAAGUGCCUCAGGACAUUUUGCAGAAAUUGCUCGAAUCUUUACAAGAAAAUCAUUUCCAGGAAGAUGAACAGUUUUUGGGGGCUGUUAUGCCAAGAUUGGGGAUUGGCAUGGAUACUUGCGUUAUUCCUUUGAGACACGGAGGUCUGUCUUUGGUCCAGACAACAGACUACAUUUAUCCCAUUGUCGACGACCCUUAUAUGAUGGGACGCAUCGCAUGUGCCAAUGUCCUUAGUGAUCUUUAUGCCAUGGGAGUCACCGAAUGUGACAAUAUGUUGAUGCUUCUUGGUAUCAGUAAUAAAAUGACAGACAGGGAAAGGGAUAAAAUCAUGCCUCUAAUUAUCCAAGGAUUUAAAGAUGCUGCAGAAGAGGCAGGAACAUCAGUGACUGGUGGUCAAACAGUAUUAAACCCUUGGAUUGUUUUAGGAGGAGUGGCCACAACUGUCUGUCAGCCUAAUGAGUUUAUAAUGCCAGAUAAUGCAGUCCCGGGAGAUGUGCUGGUGUUAACCAAACCAUUGGGAACACAAGUAGCUGUAGCUGUCCAUCAGUGGUUAGACAUCCCAGAAAAAUGGAAUAAAAUCAAGCUGGUUGUGACCCAAGAAGACGUGGAACUUGCUUAUCAAGAAGCAAUGCUGAACAUGGCAAGACUCAACAGAACAGCUGCAGGGCUCAUGCAUACGUUCAAUGCUCAUGCAGCCACGGACAUCACAGGCUUUGGAAUCCUGGGACACGCACAGAAUCUAGCAAAGCAGCAACGCAAUGAAGUGUCCUUCGUUAUCCACAACCUCCCCGUUCUUGCCAAAAUGGCUGCAGUUAGCAAAGCUUGUGGGAAUAUGUUUGGUCUUAUGCAUGGGACUUGUCCGGAAACAUCAGGAGGCCUCCUUAUCUGUUUACCCCGGGAACAAGCAGCACGUUUCUGCGCUGAGAUCAAGUCUCCAAAAUACGGCGAAGGUCACCAAGCAUGGAUUAUUGGGAUUGUAGAAAAGGGAAACCGCACUGCCAGGAUUAUAGACAAACCUCGAAUCAUCGAAGUCGCGCCCCAAGUAGCUACUCAGAACGUAAACCCCACACCCGGGGCAGCUUCUUAAUCCUAGAAGAAAUAGUUCUGUCUUUUUUUUUGGUUUUUUUUGUUUUGUUUUUGUUUGUUUCAUUUUUUAAAAAAACAAAACAAAAAAUAGAUCUAUUUCCUUUAUCAUCUUACAGCCUAAAGAACUGUGUAAAAAAAAAAAGAAGAAGAAACACAUUGUGUCUGCAAAUCUGGUGGCCUUAGGUCGGUUGGAGGGAGUGAAUUUAACCCCCUUGCCUUUUUUCCUUUUUUUUUUUUUCUUCCCCUUUUUCCUGUUACAUGAACUGAAGAUGCUCCUAUCUCGAGGCAGCUUCUGAGUUGAGAAUGAUAUUGUUAUCCAAUACGGUUGAUUCAUUUUGAAUCUUUAGACACUGAUCUCUCGCCGCACGGGCUCUUUUCUUAAAAGGUGCUUUCACGUAGCGUCCGGCAUUAGCCACCGUGGUAUCAAAUGCAGUUUGUGUCGUCUUUUUUUUUUAAAUAAAUAAAAAAAAUAUUUUUUUUUUUGAGGCUAUAUGUAUAUUUAUCACUAGCUCUAAUUUUGGAUGCCUUGAAUGAAAUUCCAAAAGGCAAUAAAAAUUUUGAUGCACAAGGAGCUGAACCCGGAAGCAAAGAGGGUUGCAUGUCUACCUACGUUCCGUCUUUUCAUUUAUACAGUUCAGUCGUCUUCUCUGUGAAAAUCUACGGCCUCGGACUUAGUGUGGUAGUACAGUCUGUUCACGGAACCCACACAAGUGCUGCCUUCAACGGAGAGCACGUCAGAGUGUGAAGGAAGGAGUCAUUUUGUUAGCUCAGACAAUGUUUACUUUGUAUUACCAAUAAUCAUUUCCUUUUUAUUGAAGGUAUGGACGGCAUAAAUCAGUUUUCAGCGGGAUGGGGGUGUGCUGAGGAGCAGCAGAAAUAUUGCCAACUGACGGGGAGGGUAUUCUAUAAUCAUUUGCAAUUCACUAUAUAAUUACACAAAUAAUUUUAAAAAUAUAACCAAUUUAAAAAAAAAAACCCUGUUCUGUGGAUGGUAGUGUUUAAUACAUUUUAUAUUUUGUAUAGUGAUUAUAUAUAUAUUUUUUUUGCUUUUCUUAAAACCGGCUGUUUAGUAUGAUGCUUAGUAUUUUUGUUCGGCCUACAUUCUUGUGCACGCUUUUGUGAUGUGUUUAAAAGCUACGUUGCCAACUUUGCAGCCUGAACUUAAGCUUAUUAUUUGAAUAAAUAUUUAAUUUUUUUA